UAUAUGUACUCACAAACAAUACGAGAUCGUACGUCUGAAAAUAAUUAACAAAAAGGAUGAAAUUUACAAUUAAUGAUUUGAAGAAAACUCUUAGAUCAUUUUAAUGGAAAUAUUCAUAUCAUUUACAGAUCAAAUACCGGUGGAAGCGCAAGCAAUAAAGCUCCUCUUCAACAGCUCUUGCUACCUUCUCCUCUCUCAAACGGUAUGUCAGCCUUAUCUCCGAGAUCAGUUCCACAUGUGGACCUUCUUAGUGGUGAGAAGUUUGGUACAAGUUUGAUGGAUGACUCCUUGGGACAAGCUUAUAAUGUUGGAUAUCAGUUUCAGCAGCAACAACAGUCUCUACCUUCCUUAGAUGGGAGUGUCAUGGAACAUGGACAGUCUAAAUUUGAGCAAGCUUCUUUUGUACAAAGAGCUCAAUCAGAAGUAGACCAAGAUGGAGCUCUUCCUCCACCUCCAUGGGAGAUUGAAUUGUCUGAAAUUAACCAGACUUUAACCUUACAACAGCAACCUCAACAAAAUGAGCAGACCAGAGAAAUUAUCACAUAUUCUCCAAUAAUUCAGGGAAACCAACCAAUGGGAAUACAUCCUCCAAACGACCAAGCUUCUUAUCUUUCAAAUUCUUAUCCUCAACCCAUGCAUGGUGCUCAGAUGGAAAUUUAUGAUUAUGGCCAACAAUCUGAAUCUCAACUUUAUGGUUAUAAUGCAUCUUACUCUUAUUCAAACAAUAAUGAGCUCUCUCAUGUAUGGAAUGGGGUUUCCUUGCAAGAUAGAUAUCAAAUGGCUUCUACUGCUACUCCUUACUUGCAGCAGCCAAUGAAGCCGUUGAGGGCUGAUGAUGAUUUGUUUGCUGAUCUUGUGAGCAUGGCAAAGUCAAAGACAAAUAAGUCUUCUAAUUAACUAGAGCAUACUGUAUGUUAUGAAGUUGGAAUUUUUUUUU